CAGGUCAUGUUGAAAUGAUGAAUCUGCGGAACACUUAUACGUAUACGCUGUCUGUUUUUGAUGCAGAGUGGGAUGAGAUGGAGCACUCUUCUUUGGGGGGAAAUAUGGGUCAUAGAUGUUGCAUACAACAAUCUCUCAGGCAAGCUUCCAAAUUCAAUUGGUGUCCCGGGGUCACUUUUUAUGUUGAAGGUCAACAACAAUAAUUUGGAUGGUGAAAUUCGACUUUCCUUGCAAAAUUGCACUUCUUUGAGGCACAUUGAUCUUGGAAAUAAUAGAUUCACUGGCACCAUACCUUCAUGGAUAGGAUCAAAUGUGCCCCUGGUGUCGAUCUUACGAUUGCGAUCGAAUUUCUUUACUGGAUAUAUCCCCCAACAGCUGUGCAAUCUUGGCUACCUUCACAUCCUAGACCUUGCUCACAACAACUUUUCAGGAACCAUCCCCAAGUGUUUGAAUCAUCUGAGUGCUUUAACGCAUGGCAAUUCCAGUGCGUAUGACUUAUAUUCAUAUUAUGACCAGCAAACAUCAGUGGUGAAAGUAACAGAACUCGAAUAUCAGCGGCAGACUUUGAUGUUGGUUAAAAGCAUUGAUCUUUCAUCGAAUAGCCUUGAAGGUGAAAUCCCUGAAGAAAUAUGCAGCCUCCUCCUGUUGCACAGCUUGAACUUAUCGGAGAACCAACUAAGUGGAAACAUUCCCUCAAACAUUGGAAGCUUGCAGUUGCUCGAAGUUCUUGAUCUCUCACGCAACCGCCUUUCAGGCUGGAUUCCUCAAAGUCUUUCAUCUUCCACCUUCUUGUCUCACCUGAACUUCUCCUAUAACAACUUGACUGGAGCUGUCAUUCGGGAUAAAACUGGUAUUUUCGCGAGGGGUACUGGUAAGGCCAGACUGGCCUGUUCUCCCAUUGAAGCUGAAGCCCAUGCAGCUUUAAAUGGUCUGGAGGUCGCCUCGGACUUGGGCAGUAUCCACCUAGAGUGUGAAUCUGAUUCCAAGGAGCUGGUUCAAAGUAUAAAGGGAAAUAUUCAAAGUGGUGGAUGGACAAUCUACCCAAUCCUUGCAGCAAUAAAGGAAAAAUGCAGAUGGUUCGAUUCGUGCUCCUGGAAGUGGAUUCCGAGGAGAGCUAACAAAGCAGCGGAUGCUGCAGCUCUUGUAGCAAAGAGGCGGAUGUGCGAUGAGGUCUGGCUCAACAGACCCCCAUCCUCCCUGGUGUUUGUUUUACAAAUUGAUGGCCUUCCCUGUCCUCCACAAGACUAA